GGACAUCUACGGUAUAUAAAGACAGAGUUUUGUGCUGGAGCCAUGCGCACCAUGCGUCGGGCUUCCAAUCUCUGGCGGCGUGCAGAGCAAAGUUUGAGGCCUCGAGGCCCUUGCGUUGCACGAAGAAGCUGUCGCCACUUUUCGGCUGACACACAUUUGCUGUGGAAAGGAGUUCAAUCCACCAGUUUCAGUGGAAACCUUGAGUUCAGAGAUGGAUCUGAAACCACCUUUCCAGUCUUUCAGGUCUUGAAUAGCAAAGGAGAGCUGCAGGAGGGAGUGGACCUUCCAUUCUCCUUAGAGGAAGGUGUGCAAAUGAUGGAAUUGAUGGUCAAGUCCAAAGUCUAUGAUGAUGUGUUGCUGACAAUGCAGCGCCAGGGUCGAAUUUCUUUCUAUUGCACCAACUAUGGCGAAGAAGCGACCAGCGUGGGGACUGCAGCUGCGCUGAAGCCCCAGGACAUGAUUUGGCCGCAGUACCGGGAACUCGGUGCCUUUCUGUGGCGAGGCCUCACUGCUCAAGAAAUUGCCGAUCAGAACAUCGGCAAUGAAGGUGACCGCAGCAAAGGAAGAAACCUGCAGGUGCACUACUGCAUGCUGGAGAAGAACAUGCAAACUGUUCAUGCCGUGCUAGGCACACAGAUCCCCCAAGCUCCAGGAGCUGGAUAUGCCUACAAACUGGAUGGAGAGGAUCGGGUCUCCGUUGCAUACUUCGGAGAUGGUGCAGCAUCCGAAGGCGAUGCCUUCACCGGUUUGAACUUUGCCUCGGUGUAUGGUUCUCAGACAUUGUUCAUUUGCCGCAACAAUGGCUACUCAAUUUCAACUGGAGUAGAAGACCAGUACCGCGGCGAUGGUAUUGCCGCCCGGGGCCCUGCUUUAGCAAUUCCUUCAGUUCGCGUGGACGGCAACGAUCUGGUGGCCGUUUUCCUGGCAACCCAGGAAGCACGGAAUCGAUCCAUCCAGCAGAAAACUCCCAUCCUCUUGGAACUGAUGACCUACCGAGUUGGGGAUCAUACAACGUCAGAUGACUCCUCGGCAUACCGGAAAGAAGACAAGGAAGAGGUGCAAAAGUACAAGUCUUUAGGACCGAUUCCUCGAUGGAGGACUUUCUUGGAGUCAAAAGGAUUGUGGAAUGAAGAAAAAGAGAAGGCCAUCGCAUCAGCAGCACGAGAGGAGAUGCUUCAGGCCAUGAAAAGUGGAGAAACGAAGAAAAAAGCGCCGUUGAGGGAGCUCUUCACUGAUGUUUACACAGAUCUGCCGUGGCAUUUGGAGGAACAAGCUGCUUAUGCUGAGAAGCAUUGCAGAGAGUAUAGUGCAGAUUACAAGAUGAGUGCAUAUCGUGGUCUCGAUGGCCCAGCUCCCACACCUGACCCCAGCCGCAUAGCUUCCGCUCCUCGACACAUCCCAAAGGCCCCCAGCAGAGAAACCCAAGAACUGACCAUGGUCCAGGCAAUUAAUGAAGCCUUGUCAGUUGCUUUGGCUUCCAACAGCAGAUCAGUACUUUUUGGCGAAGAUGUGGGAUUUGGAGGCGUGUUUCGAUGCUCCGUGGGCUUGCGGGAGAAGUAUGGGGAGCAUCGGGUGAUGAAUGCUCCGGUGGCUGAGCAAGCGAUUGCAGCUUUUGCGGUCGGUUUGUCGGUUGCUGGGUACCAAGCGAUUGCCGAGAUGCAAUUUGCGGACUACAUUUUUCCGGCCUUCGACCAGAUCGUGAAUGAAAUUGCAAAGUACCGGUAUCGAAAUGCUGGCGGUGGGGCUGGCAACAUCACCAUCAGGGCACCAUGUUCAGCUGUUGGGCAUGGAAGCAUGUACCACAGUCAGAGUGUGGAGUCCUACUUUGCCCACUGCCCAGGGCUGAAGAUCAUUAUCCCUCGAGGGCCAAAGCAAGCCAAAGGUUUACUGCUUGCGGCAAUUCGAGAUCCCGAUCCAGUUCUGUUCUUUGAGCCAAAGGUUCUGUACCGUGCCAAAAUUGAAGGCCCAGAUUCACAAGUUCCAGUUGGUGACUAUGAGCUUCCGAUCGGACAGGCUGAAGUUGUGCAAGAGGGCACUGAUGUGACACUUUUAGGCUGGGGUUCUCAAGUCGGACGCCUGCAGGCUGCUGCAGCACGAGCAGCAGCAGAAGGGAUCUCCUGUGAGGUCAUUGAUCUGCAAACGAUCAUCCCCUGGGAUGUUGACACAGUGCAGGCAUCUGUCCAGAAGACCGGGCGCCUGAUCAUUGCUCACGAGGCACCGCAGACAAAUGGCUUUGGUGCCGAGAUCUCUGCAAAGAUUCAGGAGCGAUGUUUCCUUCAUUUGCAAAGCCCCAUCCAAAGAGUCUGCGGCUACGACACUCACUUCCCCUAUGCAUGGGAGGAAUUCUACGUGCCCUCACCAGCAAGGGUAUUGGACGCUAUCAAGGCCAGCAUCGCCUACUAAAGUAGGGAAGGUGACUGAAAGAUCAGUCGAUCAUUUUUCCACCUCGAAAUAUCCGUUUCCAUAGGCCCAAAAUGGAGCCUAUCAAUCCUAGCUAUUUUAUGCUGUUCUGCUGAUCAGUUUUGCUUGGCUGCUUUCACUGUGCAGCUCAGCUCGUAAGACUUCUGAUUUUGUAGAUUUUCUUGAAGCCAAUCGAGAAAUAGAGAAGCAGAAAAAAA